AUGGCCCACUUUCCACGAGCAGUGAUCGUGUACGCAUCCACUAACGAAACUGCAUUGAGGUGCGCGACCACCACUCGCACCUACUUCGAUCAUGGAGCGAAGAAGGCCACCUACGUUUGGGACCUGAAAAGCGACGGCUUUUCAGUCACGGGAAACAUUAGGUAUGAUGUAGAGGAGGGAAACUCGCCUGCCGCGGCCACCUUCUUCGUGGAUAAUGACCGAACACGUCCCUACACUGCCAUCUGCGUUUACACCGACUACAAUACCUGCUUGGUUCUAAAGAUGCCCUUCCAAGGCCAGGAACAAUGUAUGCUGUGGGUGAAGCCCGCUGUCAUUGAUUCGAUUCCCGGACACUGCCGUAACAAAUACAAGCAGAAUUGCCCCGUUAGAUUUCCGACGUACAACAAUGAUUUCUGUGAGGUGGAGUAAUAAAGGCUAACUUCUGCCGUCGCUUUAUUUGUGCGGCUGCUUGGCGUCUCAUGUUCA